UACGAGCUCGAUUAGAAAAAAGUUACUUUGUAUCACAAAUUUGAUUCAAUGAAAUGGACCCGUACCCUACCGACAAUUGCCCAAAAAUAAUAAACCGACCUUUUUAAUUCUACGUGAACUUUUUGACCAUUAAAUCAAAAACUUUCGCUGAAAAAAACUUACAAGCAUGCAAACAAACAGUGCAAGUGAAGCAGUGUGUAUGAUUCCUUAACUUUACGCCGCCGCGCCGGACAUUUUGAAAUCCCGCCAAUCGCCAUAUAUUUCCGUACAAUUUGCGAAUUGUGAAGCGUAGUUCGAGCGUUCCGUUUUAUUCUGUGAAAGACAGGAAAAGAAAAUGUGAAUUUCACUCAACGAGAUCAAAGUCAGCUAUCAUUAGUAUUUUGUUGCUGAGAUUAGUUCGGGUAAAGUGUUGUUGCGCUUCUGAUUAAUUUUGUUAACGCUACCGCGUGCUUGCGGUGGCCAACCUAAAAAACAAAUCAUGGCUAACGUGUCCCUCGACAAAGAAACGUUUUUCCGGCGUAUGAAGCGUCUCUACGCUGCUUGGAAGGAUGAAGAUGCUUGCCCCGAUGACAGCUUCAGUAAAAUGGAUUGUCUCGUCUCAGCUGUGGGUACCGACGAAGACAUCGUCUACAGCAAGUCAACUGCUCUACAAACAUGGCUACUCAGCUACGAACUUGCCGACACGAUAAUGAUUAUGGCAGAAGAUUCCAUUCACUUCUUAGCCAGCAAAAAGAAGAUAGAAUUCUUGAGAAGGGUAGAAAAUCAAAAAACGGAAGACACUGGUGUGCCUCCCGUAAAAUUACUCGUCAGGGAUCGAACAGAUGAGGACAAGGCGAACUUUGCGAAGAUGAUUGCUGUCAUAAAGGGCAGCAAGAAAGGCAAGACUUUGGGUGUAUUUUCGAAGGAAAAUUACCCUGGAGCUUUCAUGGAUGCUUGGCGGGCUGCCUUAAACGCUGAAUCUUUCGAAAAUGUUGACGUGAGUGCUUCUGCUGCUUACGUUAUGUGCCCUAAAGAAGAUGCAGAAAUUCUCACUAUCAAAAAAGCAUCUCUUGUGUCCGUGGAUGUUUUUAUGAAGUAUCUCAAGGAAGAAAUUAUGGAAAUUAUCGACGCAGAUAAGAAAGUCAAACAUUCUAAACUUGCGGAAGGAGUAGACGCAGCAAUUUCGAAUAAAAAAUAUGUCACUGGUGUUGACGUAACGCAAGUAGACAUGUGUUAUCCUGCCAUUAUUCAGAGUGGAGGUAACUAUUCUCUGAAAUUCAGUGUCGUUAGUGACAAAAAUACUCUUCAUUUCGGAGUGAUCGUAUGUUCUCUUGGUGCAAGGUAUAAAUCUUAUUGCUCCAAUGUCGUGAGGACGAUUUUGGUUAAUCCAAGUAAAGCUAUAGAGGAAAAUUACAAUUUUCUGUUGCUGUUGCAAGAAGAGAUUUUGAAAAAACUAACAGCUGGAACGAAAUUAAGUAGUGUUUACGAUGCGGGUGUGAAGUUCGUGAAAGACCAAAAGCCAGCUAUGUUGGAUCAUCUUACGAAGAACUUUGGUUUCGCAAUGGGCAUCGAGUUCAGAGAAAGCUCUCUUUUAUUGGGGCCAAAAACGAAUGCCACUGCUUUAAAGGGCAUGGUUUUUAAUGUCAAUGUCGGGCUCUCGAACUUGGCUAAUUCGGCGGCGAAGGACAAGGAAGGAAAGGUGUAUGCCCUAUUCAUUGGAGAUACCGUUAUGGUUAACGAGGAACAACCAGCGACGAUAUUAACUCCUUCAAAGAAAAAGGUAAAAAAUAUCAGUAUCAUUUUCAACGAAGGUGAAGAAGAUGACGGCGAAGAGAGCGAGCAAGAGACCGAGAAAAAACAGAAGGAAAUUUUGGGAAGAGGAAAGAGGACAGCCGUUAUAGAUUCGAAAUUGAGAACUGAGCACGGUUCAGAAGAAAAGAGAAAACAGCAUCAAAAGGAAUUAGCUCAGCAACUUAAUGAGGUUGCUAAAGCUCGACUGGCCCAGAAAUCUGGCGGGAAGGAGCAAGAAAAAAUACGAAAAGCUUCAAUUUCUUACAAGUCUACCAAUCACAUGCCCCGAGAACAAGAAGUGACAGACCUGAAGCUUUACGUUGAUAAAAAAUACGAGAGCGUGAUUCUCCCUAUUUAUUCAUAUCCUGUACCAUUCCACAUAUCGACGAUAAAGAAUAUAUCGCAAUCAGUCGAAGGAGAUUACACGUACCUCAGAAUAAACUUUUUCCACCCCGGAGCAACAAUGGGACGUAAUGAAGGUGGAUUUUAUACUCAACCUGAUGCUACAUUCGUCAAAGAAGUCACCUAUCGAAGCACGAAUACCAAAGAACCUGGAGAGAUUUCAGCUCCAUCAUCGAAUCUCAACACGGCGUUCAGGUUAAUCAAAGAAGUCCAGAAGAAGUACAAAAAUCGAGCAGCCGAGGAAAAGGAAAAGGAAGAUCUUGUCAAACAAGAUACGCUUAUCCUCUCGCAAAAUAAGGGUAAUCCCAAGCUAAAGGAUCUCUACAUUCGGCCAAACAUCGUCACUAAAAGAAUGACGGGAGGACUUGAAGCUCACACUAAUGGUUUCCGGUACACGUCGGUUCGAGGUGACAAAGUCGACAUUCUUUACAACAAUAUCAAGAAUGCCUUCUUCCAGCCAUGUGACGGUGAAAUGAUCAUUCUUCUUCAUUUUCACUUGAAGCACGCCAUCAUGUUCGGUAAGAAGAAACACUUAGAUGUACAAUUCUAUACGGAAGUGGGAGAAAUUACAACUGAUCUUGGAAAACAUCAACACAUGCACGAUCGUGACGAUCUGGCUGCUGAGCAAUCAGAACGAGAACUCAGGCACAAAUUGAAGACCGCCUUCAAGAGCUUUUGUGAAAAGGUGGACAGUAUGACAAAACAAGAAAUUGAGUUUGAUACGCCAUUCAGAGACUUGGGAUUCCCUGGUGCUCCAUACAGAAGCACUGUUCUUUUGCAACCUACGAGUGGCUGUCUCGUCAACCUCACAGAAUGGCCUCCAUUUGUAAUUACUCUGGAGGACGUAGAACUAGUGCACUUUGAACGAGUUCAAUUUCACUUGAAGAACUUCGACAUGAUUUUCGUUUUCAAGGACUACCAUAAAAAAGUGGCGAUGGUCAAUGCAAUCCCUAUGAAUAUGCUGGAUCAUGUUAAGGAAUGGCUGAAUUCUUGCGACAUUAGAUACUCAGAGGGAGUACAAUCUUUGAACUGGUCAAAAAUUAUGAAAACGAUUACGGAUGAUCCAGAGGAAUUUUUUGAGAGCGGCGGUUGGACCUUCUUGGAUCCUGAGAGUGAUGAUGAGGGACAAGCAGUAGAUGAUGAAGAGGAAGAUGAAGACGAUGCCUACGAGCCAACGGACUUGGACAGCGAAGAAGACUCUGAUGAUGAGUCGGAAUAUUCCGAAGCUUCUGAAGAUUCGGAAAGCGGGGAGGAGGAUGAUCUCGGCAGCUCUGAGGAAUCUGGAAAAGAUUGGUCAGAUUUGGAGAGAGAAGCUGCCGAAGAAGAUAAAGAGAGAGGCGACGGCUUCCCGGACGAUUUACGUACAGCUAGUAAGAAGAAAUCUCAUAGUCGACACUCGCCUCCUCCUUCGAAAGAUAGGCAUAGUUCGAAACACAAAAGUUCGUCGAAUUCAAAGAGUAAAAGUUCAUCUAGUAGCAGAGACAAGGACAGAAGGUCGUCGGACAAACACAGAAUGGAUCGAUCACGGAGUGGAGGCUCGCACAAAUCUCCAUCCAAAUCGUCCAAACACAGCAGCCCGAAAAAGAGUGAUAAGCGAGAUAAGUAUGAUAAGAGCAAAUCAUCACACUCUUCAUCUAGCAGCAAGAAACGGUCCCGUGAUGACAGUGGCGAUAGAAAGAGUUCAAAGAAGUCGAGGAAAUAAGUGCUGUGAACAAGUGUGGACAGUGAGACCUGAAAGACAAAAAACAAUUGCACCAAUACGCGUUAUUUUAUUUUUAUUCCAACAUUGAAAAAAAAAAUUCCAGUGGUAGAGUUCAUCUUCUUGCUUCAAUCUGUGUGAAAGUCGUGUGGACGUCUUCGAAAAGCACUCAGUACUUUGUUUUUUCCAUGCCACAGGAAUUCGUGUAUAGCAUAUGUAUAUGUAUACGUCGAUGCGUUAGAAAUAAUAGAACAACUUAAAUCACAAUUUAAGAAAUGGCCAAUCAUUAUUCAUCUGAAUCAAACAAAAAAAAAGCUCAUAGUAAAAUAUAGAAGUAGCAGUGACUUUUUCUACGUGCAUACAAUUAAAAUUUGAUAUCGUACCUUUUAGUACGCCCAAUUUCAAUUUUGAUCAAGUAUGCCAGUACAAAAUAGUUUUCAUAAAGAGAUUCUGUUGUUAAAAGUUACAUGUCCAGUUCGCCUAGAUGCAAUAAAAUUUGCAAAUUCGCCAGUAAAAUUAAUCUUGCAUCUUUGCAAAAAUGUUUGUCGACAAAAAAUUAACUUUAGCAUAAGUGAGCGUCAAAAUAUAACGUGACACUUUUUUUUGAGUGAUUUUUGAAUCACUGCUCCCUAUUGUUACGAUUUGUGAUAUUUCGUUGAACACUGUCAUGUGUCGGUAAUAUUGGUCUUUAAUGUAUGGAAACUGACUUAAAUUUUAUUUUUUUUGAGCAGAGAAGUGUCACGUAAUAUGUGGACGCUCCUUAAAGUAAUUUGUUUCUGUAUUCUUUUUAAAUAAGUUAUUUUUAAUUAUUUUUUUCUUCUCUGCAUUAGUUGGCUGUAGUUUCCAAGUCUUUAGAGAGUCUUGGCCGGUCAUCACAAAUGAUGAAAUAGACCAAAAGAAAUUAAAAAAAAAACUUUGCUUCGUGAUUUGGAAAUUGUACUUUUAUCGAAUAUGGUACUUAGUUUCUGUUAUUGACAAACGAGAUUCUGCUGAUUUCGUAUUAAAAUAAAGGCAAAAGGAGAUUUUCAAUAAAAAUUAUUUUAUCACUUUGGAGGUCUAAUUGUAAGCCUCAAUUACCUGCAAGAGAGGGAUGAUAAUACUUUGUCAAAUUUACCGCAGUCUACGUUUGAAGAAAAUUGAUAAUGUGUAGAGUUAUCCAAAAUAGAAAACAAUUAACAGUACUUGAUUUAAAAUGUAAAAUAGUAGGUGUAAUACGACACUUUUCCACAAAAGGAAAUAAAAAUUUUAAGAUUACUUUCUGCCUAUCAUCGGAAUGUCUGUAUAUUUAAAAAUCUGUUUAUUUGACAAGGAAUUGAGUAAUCUCCACCAUUUAAACAUCCAUCAUUAUUGUACAAACGAUAUUCGCCACUCUUUUUUAUUAAAUAAAUUACUACCUUGAA